AUGCUCAACAGGACAUUCGCUGCGUUUUGGCUUUUCGGACUGGUCAAUAACGUUCUCUACGUCGUGAUUCUUUCGGCAGCAGUAGACCUCGUUGGUCCAUUGACUCCCAAGGCCAUUGUGCUCAUGGCUGAUGUGCUUCCGUCAUUCCUGCUAAAGCUGGCCUCGCCGUUUUUCAUCCACACAAUCCCCUACCAUAUUCGCAUUUGCAUCCUUGUGUCUCUAAGUUUUGUGGGAAUGCUGACAGUCUCCCUGUUUGAAAAUGUUGCCCUUGUCCUCUUUGGUAUCAUUCUGGCAUCCAUGUCCUCCGGUCUAGGAGAGACCACAUUUCUUCAACUGACUCACUACUACACGGAAUCGGCCCUGAGCGCGUGGUCUUCGGGAACCGGUGGGGCAGGGCUUGCAGGAGCCUUUAUUUACAUGUUCUUGACUACCUGGAUGGGGAUUAGUGUCAGAAAUGCGCUUUUGACAUUUUCCAUCGCUCCGCUCACUUUUAUUAUCUGCUACUUCAGACUGCUUCCUUCCCCAAGCAUGAAACUGUCUGAGCCGACGGAGCAGCCAAUCCUCCUGGUGGAGUCGAAUUACCAAAGCACCAUCAGGAGAAUCAAACCGUUGGUCGUACCGUACAUGCUCCCUCUGUUCACGGUGUAUGUGGCAGAGUACGUUAUCAACCAGGGAGUCAGUCCAACGCUGCUUUUCCCAAUUGACGAAAUGCCAUUCCACAACUAUAGAGACGCGUAUGUCACGUACGGAACACUGUACCAGCUCGGAGUGUUUGUAUCGAGGUCAUCGGGACAGUUUGUGCGGAUCCGUAACCUCGCGAUGCCUGCGCUGCUCCAGUCGAUCAAUCUGGUAAUUUGUGUGCUCCAGGCCAUGUAUGUCAUUUUCCCCAACAUCUACUGGCUGUUCCUUCUUAUACUGUACGAAGGACUUUUAGGAGGGUCUGCGUAUGUGAACACGUUCAUGCUGGUGACAGAAACAGUGCCUCUUGCCGAGCGAGAAUUUGCCAUGGGAUGUGUGGGGAUCAGUGACAGCGCCGGAAUUGUCGUUGCUGCGUCCUUGGCCAUGAUGCUAGAGCCCCAGCUGUGCGCUUUCCAAGUCGCAGCGGGCCGGGAUUAUUGCCAACGUUGA